CAGGCGGCAGAGACCUAACGGUCUAGUAAACCAAUUAAAUCCAUAAAGCUUGAUUGCGGAAGUGUGUCUUCAAUUCAAAUGGGACUUUUGCAGGAACUGUGCAAUCAGUCGCUAGAGUGAUUAUUUUGAUGGUGAUUCAAACACAGCUUUCAGUUGACUGCGAUGCUUCAACGUAACUGGAACCGGAAAGUUUUAGAGCAAUGAAAUUUAUCAGAGAGCUCUCUGCCUCCAUAGUCUAUAUGCCGUCACACUGAGGAGCUACGCAGAAAGAAUAACAAACACGGGAUCCUCAGACAACAUCCAGAGUUCAGUAGGUCAUCACUCCAUCCAUACAUCCAUCUGUCCGCCCGUCCUCCGUCACCCCCCCCCCCCCCUCAGACAUGUGGUCCGGGAGAUGGCUGAUGGGAGCGUCCCUACUCCUUGUGCUUCACGCCUCGGCCUCCAUGGUGAUGCUUGGGAAUGGUAACCCAGGUAACGGUACAGGCUGGAAUGCGAUGCUGGAGAAGUACCUGGAUGAGGAGGGGCCCUGGUGGGGGGCCAAGCAGAGAGGGAAGAGGGCCAUCACCGACAGAGACAUGACCCUCAUCCUGGACCUGCACAACAAGCUGAGAGGGGAGGUCUACCCACCUGCUUCUAACAUGGAGCAUAUGGUUUGGGAUACAGAACUGGAGCGAACCGCGGAGGAAUGGGCUGAGACUUGCCUAUGGGAACACGGCCCGGCAAGCCUCCUGCCCCAGAUAGGACAGAACCUGGGAGCUCACUGGGGAUGGCCACGGCCUCCUACCUUCCAUGUGCAGGCCUGGUAUGACGAGGUCAAGGACUUUUCCUUCCCAUACCCCCAGGAGUGUGACCCUUACUGCCCCUACAGAUGCUCUGGGCCCGUCUGCACCCACUACACACAGCUGGUGUGGGCGACUAGCAGCAGGAUAGGCUGUGCCAUCAACAUGUGUUACAACAUGAACGUCUGGGGUCAGAUCUGGGCCAAAGCUGUUUACCUGGUCUGCAACUACUCUCCAAAGGGUAACUGGUGGGGUCACGCUCCAUACAAACACGGCACCCCCUGUUCCGCCUGCCCCCCCAGCUACGGAGGAGGCUGCAAGAACAACCUCUGCUACAAAGAUGACGCAACAGACUCACAGACCCCCCAGGAGGAGACGGAGGAAAACAACUUCAUAGAACCGGAGAACCCCUGGACCCCGCAGAACCCACGCACACGGGCCCCCCAGCCCAAACCUCCCGCCAAGCCGCCGGGCCGGACCCCCAACCUGCCCACCACGACCUCACCCGUGGAGCGGAUGAGAGAUGAGAGGGUCCACACUCAACAGAUGUCUCAGCUUGUGACCUGUGAGACUAAACUACGAGAUCAGUGCAAAGGAACCACUUGUAAUAGGUAUGAGUGCCCUGCUGGCUGCCUGAGGUUCUCCGGGAAAGUGGUUGGGACGGUGCACUAUGAGAUGCAGUCCAGUAUCUGUCGCGCUGGCCUCCAUUCUGGAGUGAUAGACAAUGAUGGAGGAUGGCUGGACAUCACCAGACAGGGAAGGAAGGAUUUCUUCAUCAAGUCCAAUAAGAACGGAGUCCAAUCUAUAGGGAAGUAUCAGAGUGCCAAUGCAUUUAUUGUCUCUAAAGUAACCGUGAAAGCCAUCACCUGUGAGACCACCGGGGCUGUGUUGUGUCCCUAUCAAAAGCCUGUGAAGCACUGUCCAAGGUUAUAUUGCCCCCAGAACUGCAUGGAAGAGGUCUAUGAACGAUCACGGGUCAUUGGAACCGGAAUCUAUUCAGAUAAGUCCAGUAUUUGCCGGGCAGCAAUUCAUGCAGGCAUGCUUCAAAACGACCAGGGUGGCUACAUUGACGUGAUGCCGGUAGAUAAGCGGAAACAGUACAUUUCUACGUACCAACACGGCAUUUCAUCAGAGAGUCUUCAGAACCCCCCAGGAGGAAAGGCAUUCCGGGUGUUUGCUGUGAUCUGAGGGCAUGAGGGUCCUCUCUUCUCCCUCACCAAGCACACAAAGUCAUUCCUGUCUGCUGUCUGUUGGGCUGAAUGGGCCUUGAUCAACUAGCUCGUCUGCGUCAACAUUUAGAAAAUGACUGAAAUAUUUUUUCUAGCAUUCUUAAUACCUGCGUGGCUCUCCUCCAGGGUAACGAAAGAACUUUGACGAAAACAAACAAGUGUAACUGGCAACGGUGAAGUCAGUGAGAGUGUUGGCGAGAGUAUUUCUGGCCACUCGCGUGCAGUUGCAUUUCUCUUUUUUAAUGUUAACAGGUUCACUUUAUAAACUGUAUAUAAUUUCCAUACAGUGGCCAAGACUACUGUAUUUUGUACAUGGGAGUAAAGUAUGUCUUUUGUUCUUAUCGUCGUAGCUGUAGAACGCAUCAGCAGAUAAUAAUGUUAGCACAUACCGGAUAUUAAUGUUACUUUUUACAUGCUAUGUUUCGCAUUUUAUAACCGUAUUUCACUUCGAAUCUGCUUCUGUCACAUGUUAAGUGUAUGUGCUUUGGGAUAGAACUUUGUUUUCUGGUCCGGUCUGCUUACCUUUUCUAUAUACUCCAGUGGAAGAAUUUGUAAUGGAUGUAUUUUGUAUUUUUUUGUAUUUUGUUUUUAUGUCAGUGCUAUUAAGGGUUGUAUUAUGCUGCUAUGUUAUUAUAUUGUAAUAUUGUUUGCAUAAAUGUUGAUUCAGUCUGAUUCAGGUUACAGUUGAGGUCAUGUUAUGACUAUGGCACUCUGUUUUGGCAAAAACAUGUUGUAACUUAGGCUGCAUUCAUACAAGAAGCUUGAUUGGGAUAUUAUUUCUACUAAAUGGUCUAUGUAUUCAAUCAUAUAUUUUAUUAGCUGGUCUGAUUAGUCAGGACUAAUUAGUUAACCAAACAAUAUUGGUUUCCCUGUGUAAACACACUACUUAGUAAUGUUAUGCUUAAUUUGGUGUGUCAUUUACAGCAACUGUUACUGUAGUGUUUAUUUGGGUAGAACAUCCUGCUGGUCAGAAUGUUCACCACUGUAGCUCAGCCUGGCUCUGGAUUGAGUUAUGCUCUUCAGUCUGCUCAUCAUUGAUUGGUCACACUCAAAAGUCAUAGUUCUUAAAAGCAUAGUUCACCUUUCAAAGCUGUUUUUUUUUUUAGAGCAAAAAAAUGUAAUCCAGGUGUGAGCCAGUACUUCAUUAUGAAUAAAUAUUAAACAGGUAAAUACUUGAUGCUUUCAUCAGUCUAGAUUAGUGGUUGAAACAUAGAUAUGUAAUAUAUGGUAAGGGCUUGGAAGCUCUGUGGCAAUUUAAUGUUUAAACUCAUGGGUACCUUCUAAUGAAUAUUAUUUGCAAAACAUGACUUUUGUAAACAUAUCUGUAGUGGCCACCUCCAGGCCUAAACAUUUAUAUAUAUAUAUAUAAUGCAUUAAUGUGUAAUAUGUUUAUGAAAAAUAUACACUACAGUUUGAAAGUUUGAGGUCAUUUAGACAUUUCCUUGUUCUUGAAAUAAAAGCUUUUUUUUUUUGACACCUCACAGUUCCUUAACUGGCAGCUUCAUAAAAUGGUUUAAAGACAGUUUUAUUGCCUUACUCAGCACAACAGUUUUCAGCGAUGCUUACGUCAAAAGGGGUUUCUAAUCAUCAAUUAGCCUUGUAAAAGUAAACUUGGAUUGGCAAACACAACCAUUGGAAAAUGGCAAUUAUUCCCUAUAAACUUUGCUUUUGUGUCCAGGACAGUGAUAUUUUGAAAUGUAUCUAUUUCCAUUGAGAAAACAGGUGGCUUUGUGUCUUUUAAUUCACAUAAAGUCUGAAAAGAGCAACAUAUGAAUCCAAAUGAACAUGUAUUUAUACUGAAGUAAUACAAAAAUGGCUACCAAAGAUUUUGCUGGAUGUCUUGAAGUAUGAUGAGUACUGCUGAGAGGCCAUAGCCUUCCAGAUGGGUCUCCAAGGCGGUUUUACCAAGUUUCCCUGCUAUCUUUGCCUUUGGCAGGACUGGCCACAGCGGACCGAGUUCCCUGUGGGGGGGGGCAACGGCAAGUGGGAGCCACUGGUGGACCCCCGGAAGGUGCCGAUGAGGAGUCAGCAGCCUUCAAGACUUCUUCCCUAAGCUGUCUGAGGCAAAGGUCAAAGCCGGUGUCUUUGUCAGACCGCUGAUAAAGAAGAUCCUGGAGUGCAGUGAAUUCCCCAAGAAGCUAACUAGUAUGGAGAAAGUGGCUUGGAACAGCUUUGUCACAGUGGUUUGGGGCUUCCUAGCCAAUCACAAGGCCGAAAACCAUGUGGAGCUGGUUGAGACUCUGGUGAAGAACUAGGGCACAAUGGGUUGUAGGAUGUCCCUCACACUCCAUAUCCUUUUUGCUCAUCUUGAUGAAUUCAAGAAGAACAUGUGUUCUCGGAGGAGCAAGGCGAGCACUUCCGCCAGGAUAUACUGGAAUACUUGAAUGCUGCUAUCAAGGACAGUAUAACGAGAACAUGAUGGGAGACUACAUUGGGGGGCUGAUUUGUGAAAGUGAUUUACAGUAUAAUUGUACUCUUUUGUAGACAUUUUUGUACUACUUUAGUAUAAAUACAUUUUAAUUUGGGUUCAUGUGCUGUUUUUCUUCUGACUUCAUGUGAACAAAAAGACACAAAUGUGCCGGUUUUCUCAUUGGGAAUAGGUUAAUUUCAAAAUAUAACUGUCCUGGUCACAAAGCAAAGUUUGUCGAAAAUAAAAGCCAUUUGUAGCUAUACUUUUUAGGCAUAAGCAAUCACAAACUAACACUAAAGAAAUUGUUACAUAGUGAAAUUGGCUGUAUCAGCUACAAUAGUCAUUUGCAACAUUAAUAUCUACACUGUAUUUUUUAUCAAUUAGAUGUUAUUUUCAUGAACAGAAAAUUGCUUUUCUUUUAGAAAAUAAGGACAUUUCUAGGUGACCCCAAACUUCAGAAUGGCAGUUUGGUUAAUUUGGGGAAAGGUGUUCCCAAGGUGUAAAUGUUUUAAUUAUCUGGUUUUCCGGAAAUCAUGUUUGGAGUGUACCUGGAAUUUCUGCUUAUUUUUUCCUUAUUUUGGAUAUCUUGCUUGUUCGCUUGUAAUUCCAGGAAUCUUCCAACAAGUCUUUCUUGAAACCUGUGAUUUUGAGAAAGUUUCUGUCGUACACAAAAUCUAACUGAAAGAAUAAAUGUUCUAUUGAUCCUUCCCUAAAUUUCUAUAGUCCCUGUUUUAUAGAUGUAUUUUUCACCACCUCAAAU